AUCACAGUUGUUGAAGCAACUCUUCAUAGUGUGCCUUUCGUCAUGGCAGACAAUUUGGGGCAAGAUUUGGUGGCAGAGGAUCUGGAGCUAUCACAAGUUGACAAGACAGUGACAAGUGAAGGCUUCGCAUACACUCGAUUGGAUUGUGUGGGCAAGCAAAUUGGUGGCUUGGGGAUACUAGCAGAGUAUCCAUUUAUUCGGAACCUGGACUUGUCUCGAAACUGCAUCAAGGACGUUCGCCCUAUCAGCAGCCUUCGGCAUGUACUGUCCCUGAACCUUGCGUCCAAUCACAUCCUGAGCAUGGAUUGGGCUCCCGAGGAUUUGCCCCAUUUGCUCUACCUGGACAUGUCUGGGAACCGGCUGCAGGAGUUGCCGCCGCUUCACAUGCCAGCUCUGAGGAAUGCAGAUUUUAGAGACAAUUCCAUUGCUUCGUGUUCGAAGUUUUCUGGUCACUUGACGUUGCAGAUGCUGCGCUUGUGCGGAAAUCAGCUCACAUCCGCGGUUGGCUUGCAGCAGAUGCCAAAGUUGGAAGUCUUGGAGUUGGGACGAAAUGUCUUGUCGGACCUGGAUGGCAUGGCCAUGUUGCCUUCCAUGAGUCGUUUGGAUAUUUCAAGCAAUAAGUUCGAGACUCUUCGAGCUCCAUGGAAGGAGAUGGCUGCCUUGUCAAUUUUGGAGGCUGCCAACAAUGCGUUUGCAGAGGUGAAGGCUCUUCAGCCAUUGGCAGAGAUCAUACAACUUAGGAGCCUGACAGUGAACGGCUGUCCUCUGGAAGAACAGGACGGAGUGAACAUGCGCUUGGAGGUCCUCAUUUUUCGACCUCUACAACACAUCAAUGGCGAAGAGGUCACCAGUGAAGAGCAGGAGGAGGCGAAAGCACUGCACGAGAAGCGUCUUGAAGAAGAGGCGGAGAGGCUACGUCAAGAGGAGGAGGACCAACACCGUCUCGACAGCGCACGCCCCACUGCACCAGCACUGACACCCUCUGGAAGGCGCGUUUAGCAGAAGAAGAGCGCCUGGCAGAGGAGGCCCGUUUGGCAGAGGCAGAGACGGAAGGCGCAAUGCUGAGCAGAAUGGCCCCGGGUGGUGUUUACCGUGAACACUGUUUGGGCCUUGAACCAACUUGGAAGGAUGUUUAGAGCUCCAUGCCUUGCACCAUGUGCCCGUUCCCUCUGUUGAAUUGAUGUUUUGCUUGACGAUCACCUGUGGUUUUAUAUGCUGUAGACUUUUCUAUUUCCGAGCAUAUGCGAGAUGGAUUGUAAACUUC